UAAUUCAGACAUAAAAGGCUCGAGGUCAGAAAACCAGUUUGACUUAAGUCUGAAGGAGAUUUUCAAACCGUCACCAUGGUCCAGUGGACAGAUAGCGAGCGCAGCUCCAUCAUUGCCCUAUGGGGGAAAAUCGAUGUGGGGGAGAUUGGACCCCAGGCUCUGACCAGGCUUUUGAUUGUGUAUCCGUGGACACAGAGACACUUCUCAACCUUUGGCGACCUGUCCACCACCGCCGCCAUCCUGGGAAGUGAAAAAGUCGCCAAGCAUGGCAAGACAGUGAUGGGUGGGCUGGAGAGAGCUGUGAAGAGCCUGGACGACAUCAAGGGCGUCUACUCUGCAUUGAGCACGAUGCACUCUGAGAAGCUUCACGUGGAUCCUGAUAACUUCAGGCUUCUUGCUGAGUGCAUCAGUGUGUGCGUGGCAGCCAAGUUCGGCCCCUCCGUCUUCACCGCUGAGGUCCAGGAGGCCUGGCAGAAGUUCCUGUCUGUGGUGGUGUCCGCCCUGGGCAGACAGUACCACUGAGUCUCAGGGGACGCAGGUCACAUUCAAAUAAUGUGGAACAGCCCUACAAGUGCUGACAAUAAAAAUAAAACUGGAUUAAAAUGCA